GAACGUUGCGGAACACGUUGCUCAAGACAUGUACGGGGCGGGCGGCCAGUGCGUGCUCUGGCUGUCAAGAACCGGCGAGGCCGCGGGACGAGAAAAGGUCUGAGAGAGCCUCUCCGGCGGUCUCUUCGGAUGGAAUUCCGAGCUCGCGAUUACGAAGGAGAAGAGAUCGCCGCCGCGCUCCCUCGAGCGCCUGCCCUCGAUCAUCCACUCGCUCCGCGCCCUUUCCCGUCGUCCCAGUCCCAGGUUGCUGCUGCUUGUGAGAAGGUUGAUUUUGAUGACCCUUUAAGAGUACAAACCACAGAUAUAGCAGAAUGUGCUCAAGAUGGAAAACAUGUUGAUGAUGACUUGAGAAGAAUCCUUUCUAGUGAAGCUGGUCAUUUGUCAACAAAAGAAUGGGCUCUUUUCAAAAGUUCUUUGAUGCAGAAAUUCUCCUGCAGCAACAUGAUUUCUGUUUCAUUUACAUCAGAUAUUUUGGCAAGAAACAGCAAGGAAUAUAAGACUCUGGCAGAUAUGCAUAUGGAGGAGCUGGAUGACCCAGAAAUGGUUGUGAGAGAGGAGAAAAAAGUAAUCACGAGGCAGGAAUAUGUUUCACAAUUACAAGAACUUAAAGGUGAAAUUUCCCAAGCAUGGAGGGCUGAUGAUCGCAUUAAAGCUCUGAAGUUAUCCAUCAAGGUUGCAAGGCUUUUAUUAGACACAUCUGUUUUUCAGUUUUAUCCUACAUUAUUUGUUUUAGUUAUAGACAUAAUGGAUAUGCUUGGUGAUUUGGUGUGGGAGCGCAUUAAGAGGAAGGCUGAAUAUGCUGAUGAUGGGACAUUGAUAUAUUCUUUGCCAGAGAAAUUUCAAUCUGCUGAUAUAUGUUCUGAAGCAAAAGAGACUUGUUAUAACUGGUUCUGUAAAGUUGGAUCAAUUCGUGAGCUUCUUCCUCGCAUAUACUUGGAACUUGCCAUUUUACGCUGCUGGCGCUUCCUGGAAGACAAUUUUUUGUUAAAUCUUCAGCGCUUGGCUAUGAUGAUGAGAGGGCUGGCAGAUCCACUUGCAUCUGCCUAUUGUCAUCUUUAUAUGGCCCACUGUGCAAGAACACUGCAUCCAAUAGACGUAGGCUAUUUGAUCAUGUCCCUUAGUAAUAUUGGAAUUCUACUGCAGCGUAUUAUUGUGGACAAAGAAACAUUUAACAGCCAUUAUUACAAGAAUAAGAAAAUGCUAAUAAGCUUAAUGGAACCGGCAAUUGAGUGGAUCAUGAAGUGCAUCUUUAUGGAUGGUUAUCAGAAAUCUGGUAAUAUCAUUUCGGAGUUUGGAAUUGGGGGAAAUCUAUCACAAUCAACCUGGAAUAUCCCAUGUAUUUCAGUUAUUUUGCAUUGUUUGCUCAAACAACUUCCAGCUGAAGUGGUCAGCAACAAUGCUUUGGAGAUUGCAGAGCUUUUUGAGAAAAAUAUAGAUAUCUCACUUGAUCAGCAUUUCAAUUACAGGCUGCUAGGAAAUAAAUUAUGUGAGAGUCUUCCCCCUGUCACUUCUGCUGUAGCUGUAUUGGACAAAGUUAUGCAGGUGAUUUCUCAAUACAAUCACCUUAACGAGUACUUGAUAGUAGCAGAUGCUUAUUUAGACAUCAUCCUUCAAUAUUCAAUGGAUUACCAUCUAUCUGUCUUUUUAGAUGGCAUUUUGAAGCGAGCAGAAAUCAAAAGAGCUGAUGAACAUGAAUUGGAGAGUCUGCAGUCUAUUCUGGUUAAACUUGUCAAUCACUUUGAUGGAUUGGAAGAUGCGUUUGCUUUGAGCCAAUUUUUGGAGAUUCUUGAUCUGCUGUAUGGAAGCACAUGCGACAUAACCAAUAUGCAUAUUCUCCUAAAGGCAACAAGGACUGGUCAUGUUCGUGAUCCUAGAGCCAUACAAUUUCUCUUCGAAAUUUCUCAAGCCCUUCAUGGUAGCAUUGAUAUUUCAAACACAAAUGAUGAUUAUCAACAAAGGGCAUUCCUCGUAUCUCGUUUUAUUCACUUGGUUGAUUUUGGAGCUGAAAUGGAACGCCAUUUAACAUUUUUAAUAGAAUGCCGUGCAGCUUUUCAUCAUAUUAAUGAGCUUAAGGAUACUCUAGUUCAUUUGAGCAAUAAUCUAGCAGUCAAAGCAAUUAAAGACACAGACAAGCACUUGAGUUUUCUUAAAUCUUGUGUUGCUUUUAAUGAAGUUACAAUUCCUUCCAUUUCCAAUGGCAUAAGGCGCAUGAGUCUUUAUCUUGAGACUGCUGAGGUUGCAUUAUUUGGUGGCUUAGAUUCUCAUGCAGAAGGACUUGUUAAUUCAGCUAUCAAUUGCUUGCAAUGUUUAAACGUCACAGCUGGUAUUCAUGAAGAAGGGAUUGCUUUCUUUGUGCGAAGCUUAAUAUCGGUUUUAAAUUAUCAGUCAUUGACAUCAUCAAGAAUCAAAGUAAAGAUAUUAUGUGCUGUCAUCUUGCUGUCUGCAAGUCUGUCUCAAAACCGGCUUCCUUACCAUGCAAUCAGUGCUGAGGUUGUGGGCAAUGAUCAGUUAUUCUAUGGAGAGCCAUCCUACCAUCAAGAGCUUUCAUCCAUCUCCAGUCUUGCUCUUCAGAAUCUGGAUGAUGCUAUUGGACAAGAAUCCCAUUUGGUUACACGCGGAAGCUUGGCUCUUGAAGCUUGUAAUUGCCUACUUGUGUCUUUUAACGGAAAUCGUGAACUAUUUUUGAAAUGCUCUGGACUGAUUGAGAUUGCCAAGUCAUGUUUGCAUCCAAAGGAUAAGUAUCUACAGUCCACGGUUAACUUCUUUGAUAAAUUCUCCAAAAAGGAAGGAGUUGCCUUCAGUUAAAAUUGAUUGUUUGUUAGUUCUUCAUAUUGCCGUGAUAAUUUAUAUAUAUCCACACACUCAUUUCCAUGUAAAUCCUUCAUUUUUGGAAAAGGUCGGACUGCUAAACGAACCUAAAAAGGUUGGGUCUACUUUUGUCCCAGUCCA